CCGCCCGGCGCUUGCCAGCAUGCUAGAGUGCCCGUUGCACAAACUUCAAUCUGGCAAAUUCGGAAUACCGCCUGUUGAGCCAAGUAGGCCGAGUCUGCUAGUAUACGCCGUUACAUGUUGAUGGAAUAGACGUCUUGUUGUACCACAGUAGGCUGCCUGCUAACCAGUUCGUGCCAGUCGUAAUUUGCACACCGGCUCAAGCAAUAUACACAUCAGGAUGAAUACUGCGACGCGGAGACGCUGGCUUGACAAAACGCAAACAAUGCAGUGCUACAAACAAGCGGCGUCAGGCCACUCGUCUUUUGUCUUCGCACACCGUUCAGCAAGCAGAUCAAGAUGCGUAGCCUCGUCUUGAUCAGCGCUGUGCAAGCCCUCCUGCUACACCUAGCGGCGGCGAUACCAUACCCUUACGCUAGCGAAGACGCGACGACUCCGCCAGCGACGCUCAUUGCGCUCUCUGGAACCCUACCCACAUCGACUGUUGCCACACCAGACUCGACGUCUCUCAACAUUCCAGUCACGGCCGUACCAGACGCGGGCGAUGACGACAACGACAACAGUGACGAGAACGAUGAUGACGGCAACGCCAUAAGCCGAUCCAAGAGGCCGCACAAGGAGCCUAUCCCCAUCUUCACCAAGCAAUGUCAAUGUCAGCUGGCCACGGCCAGGUACCCGUGUUGGGCCACGGAUUCCCUGCAGCGAUGCUAUUUUGAGGAAAACUUCUCCUAUGCCUGCUACAUGCAAGCUGCAGGUGGCUGUCCCAAGCCGACUCGACCUUGCAGUAAGCUCUUUAAGCCUACACCUCGACCGGGCCCCAAUCCCUGCGAACUAGCUCCCAAUCCACAUGUGACAUCUGCUCCGCCCUUUCCCACGCUGACUGGCUCUCCAAAUGUCACUCUGACUACUAGUCUGCCGCUUGUACUGGUACCCACUAGUAACCACACGCUCACCACCUUGGCUCUAUCCGGCACGAGGUAAGAGCAAAAAAGUGAAGCAAGGGGCGGGUGGAGAAACAGGGAAUCAACAGGAAAGAAAGAGGAAAGGAAACGGGUCAUGUGAAAGGGAAGAGAAAAAGAUACCGUGUCGUACUACGUACAUACACAGGCAACAUAGCCGUGACUCGCGGGGAGAAGCUAAGCCCAAUCAAAGCGGGCAAACUGAGGGGGAAGGAGGAGAUGGUCUAUUUUAUUUUUUUUUGACUUUUUCCAUUCCAAGCUGGGUAGUUAACCAUGUUGGAUAGAGUGAAAUGCAAAAACAGAAAAGACUCC